CUGAACGUAUAGUCAUCAGGCUGUACAGUGUGACGUAUGCUCCAUGCAAGAUGGCGGCCAUUUCAGCUUUGCAGGCGUACGGAUCUGACUCCGAGAAUUCGGACAACGAAAGCGACUCAGAAACAGUUCAGGCAGCAAAACCCGACGAUAUUGCUCAUCUCAAACCCCUUGAGGACGGGAGAAAACUCUCAGCCCUGAAAACCGUGGCGAAGAUCAAUGCUGCGCCCGACGUCAUCACGAAGGAUGAUGUAAAUCUUGUGAAACCUGUAGACUUGGGUACAACCAAGGAGGUGGCCUAUAACCCUACCUACGACCAACUGUUUGCCCCACAGAUUGGUCCAGUCAAUCCCUUCAAGACCCAGCAGGAUUCAGCACACAAGAACACACUGUCAGGGUUUGUGGAGGAGGCUCACGUCAACGAUUUCACAUUUGAAGUACAGAGAAGAACCUUCCAUAGCUAUGGCUAUGCAGUGGACCCAUCACAUGACUCAGCUGGCAUCCAGACACAAAUCAUUGGGGACAAAGAAGCAGCAGAGGUCAAUAAGUCUGUGACAGUAUUUGAAGCCAAGAAAGCCCGACCCUCAGACAAGAGAAAGCGAGUGCGUGCUACUGAACCUGAGGACAUUGAAGGGUUCCAGGGGCCAUGGGGAGGGUAUGUGGAUGAGCAGACUGUAGCCAAGCCUUCAGAGGAAGAGCAGAAGGAGCUGGAUGAGAUCAUUGCUAAGCGACAGAAGAAGGGAAAGAAAGAAGAGGAGAAGUCUGCAGAGGAGAAGACACAGCUGCAUGUGAAGGACAUGUACGACUAUCAGGGUCGGUCGUACCUCCACCCGCCACAGGAUGUGGAGGUCAAUCUGCGGUCCGAGGAGCCGCCAGAAAAAUGCUUCAUCCCAAAGAAGCACAUCCACUCCUGGUCAGGCCACAGCAAGGGCAUAUCCUGCAUCAGGCUCUUCCCCAAGUCUGGGCACUUGCUCUUGUCUUCAUCUAUGGAUAGUAAGAUAAAGAUUUGGGAAGUCUACAACAAGAGAAGUAUGGUCCGUACAUAUAUUGGUCACAAGCAUGCAGUCAGAGACGUGUGUUUUAACAAUGACGGGACCCAGUUCCUGUCAGCUGCCUACGACAGGUACAUCAAACUGUGGGACACUGAGACAGGAGCGUGCAUAUCCCGUUUUACCAACCGUAAGGUGCCGUACUGUGUCAAGUUCAACCCUGAUGAAGACAAGCAGCACAUCUUUGUGGCAGGAAUGUCGGACAAGAAGAUUGUACAGUGGGACACGAGGUCAGGGGAGAUAGUACAGGAGUAUGACAGACAUCUGGGUGCGGUCAACACCAUCACAUUUGUGGACGAGAACCGAAGAUUCGUGACCACUUCUGACGACAAGAGUCUUAGAGUCUGGGAAUGGGACAUCCCUGUUGACUUCAAGUACAUUGCUGAACCAGGGAUGCAUUCCAUGCCAGCUGUCACCCUGUCUCCUAAUGGCAAGUGGCUGGGUUGCCAGUCCAUGGACAACAAGAUAGUGAUCUACGGAGCCCACAACCGCUUCAGGCUCAACAGGAAGAAAGAGUUCAAAGGUCACAUGGUAGCAGGUUAUGCUUGUCAGAUGGACUUCUCUCCCGACAUGAGCUAUGUGGUGUCUGGUGACGCGGAUGGAAAGCUGUUUAUCUGGGACUGGAAGUCCACCAAGUUGUACAGUAAGAUCAAGGCCCAUGACGGAGUGUGUAUCUCCUGUGUCUGGCUGCCUCACGAGACUUCCAAGGUCAUCACUGCAGGCUGGGACGGACUCAUCAAGCUCUGGGACUAGAGUUUUGGCACUCGUGCUGAUGUGGAAUUGAUCCUCAACUUUUCUAUCAAACCUUUUUUUACAUAAUAAACUUUUUUGGCCCCCUUUUUUAAUGUAAACUUCUUAUAACAUUCUACAGUUUGUAUUUUACCAUUGAUACAUCCAUAUACCUGCUGUACAAGUCUGCUGAAUGUAACAUAUUUCUUGUUUCAAAGUAACACAGACCAAUUGUCUUUGCUGGAGAAGCACAAAAUUUACCUCUGCCCUUAGCUCUACCUGUACCUGUGUACAUUCCAAUGUGUGUAAUUGUUGAAAAAAAAAGAUGUAGGGAAAGUUUAAUGUCAAGUAUGUGCAUGUAGAUAAAGAUAAUUGAUCAUAGUUAUCAUUUUCUGAACUAUCAGUAUAGCAUAAUUGUUUCAGCAUACAUGAGUUCUGUAAAAUGCUUCGUUGAUACUUUUUGAUUAUGCAUUUUGAUAGUCAAAUGAGUGUCAUAUAGAAAAGACUUGGUAUACUUUUUUACAGUUGUUGUUAGGUCUGUCAAAUUGUUUGAAGAAACAGUCUUUGAAUUAUAAAUGAUUGUACAUCUAAUUUUGUGUUCACCAUAAAAAAAUUCCAAAUGACUGGAAAGAAGUCUUUUGAUUUGGACCUCCACAAGAAUUUGUAAUGAUUAUGCUGUGGUUCCUUUCUGGUGCCUAGUGGCUUUUAGGGUAGAAAAUCAGUAAGGAAAGAUCUGCGAAGUAUUUCUGUACAUGAUAUGCUAAUGUAAAUACUU